AUGGAUUUUAGUUGUAACUCAGCAUUCAUUUGGUUCCACCAAACGUUCAUCGGUUAAUAGUCAAUGAAUGAAUGUAUGAUAAACAUUGUUUGACUUGACAUUCGCCAUCCAAGUUACAUCGUAUCAAAAGAUCCUACUGACGCUUUCCACGUCGGAUAAACUCGAAAUCGGUCGAUCACUCAACAUAAAUAAAACUCCAUAAUUUCGCGAAAUCGCCUUGCUAACCCAGAAAGGAAUUCUCCUAGGUGAUGCCAUAUGCUUUAUAAUAUCGAGGGAUAAUGGUUAAAUAAAAGGAUAACCAAGGCAGUAACUGAUGGAUUUACCAUCCACUGAGAGGAGGAUUCACCGAACGAUCGGCAAGAUUCCACCGUAAUAGCGAUGAGGGUCAAUGGGCGAACGGUUUUCAUCCUCGUCCGGAUGAGGAUUAUUUCUAUUUUCAUUAACUCCAUCAGUGAUUAGUGAACCUGCACCAAAUCUAGCACAGAAUUUUCUCGUCUCACAAUCAAUGUUAUUAUCUACUUAAUAAUUCCAUCACUCAGCAUUCCCUCCAGAUGCUCUUGACGAUCGAUUGGCAUACAAUGUACCACGGGAUUUCACUCGAAAAAGUCUGGAGAAAGAGUUCCGCCCAUUGAAUGCACCCAGAUGACUCAAGAUUCACCGACAAAGGGAGCGUCCCAACAAUUAAUCGGCCUCGGUGUCCAGAAAAGUUCCUGUCUCAUGAUCGAACAAGAACAAACGGGAUGAUCGAAGAUAUGAAGGCUCGUACACAAUCACCCAGACGUACACAUGAACAAUAAAAAUCAACGAUCGUGACGGACAAUCGAAUCGAUGAACGAGAAAUCGGUGAGAUGGUACUCUUCUCCCUCCUUCGGUUCGAUCAACCGUUCAAUUGCCAUCAUACCUUCCCCACCUUCUUCAUGACCAAUAUUUGGUAAGCACUAAAGGAACCGAAGAUCCAAUUGAGGAAACUAGAAAAAACUUAGCGGAUUUAGAAUUAAUAUCAGUAUCAGGUCUGAAAGAUGUUGGCAAACAGUCGAGACUGAGCACAACGAUGAUGCCACUGGUCUGAUUAAUGGUACGUCCAAACGAGUAACAUUGUCCUCAGCCAUUUGUUCCCCAAAACGUGAAAGAUUCCCAGAAACAAGAAGAUAGCGCACUCUUCUGUAAUUAUUCCCAAAUACGGUGUCUUCAAGGAAGAUCAGUCGUAGCAAGAUGAGAUCAAUCUAUUCAGUUCUUCGGUAUCUUCGAAGUUUCAUUACAAUUGAUUGGAGACAUCAAUAGUCGGAUCCAGCAUCGAGGAGUACAUAUGUAUCAAAAUCAUCCACAGGCGACAAACAAUCAAAUGAACGAACGAGUAAUGGCACCCUCCUUUCCUCCGCUGAAUCAAUAGUUCAACUGCCAUCAUACCUUCUGCGUCUUCAUUCUGACCAAUAUUUGAUAGGCGCCGAAGUAGGUCCCACCGGCGUUGGCAAACGUGCAAAACUGAUCAUAAUGAUGAUGACACUGGCAGACAGAAUUGCGUGGACAUCCGAAUGUGACUUUCCCGCCUUUCCAUUUUCGCAAAAGUUGAAGAUAUCUGGAACGAAAAAUAGUGGAAUUUUUGGUAAUUAUUGUCACAUGGGAUGUGCUCGGGGAAGGGAAGGUCAAACGUAGAAAGGGCCAGGUCAAUCUGCUCACCUCUCUCUUCGUCACGAGUCAGAUACGAGGUCGUGUUUGGAUGGUAUUAACCAGGUGGAGAGGGAGGCAAUGGUGAUAGGGAUGACCAGGUUGUGGAUAUACUCGUAUUGGUGCACUUCAACGAGGGGGAAAAAGGAGAGGUCUCGCUGUGGAUGGGUUACAAGCUCAAAGAUACGUCGACUGCUUUGGUGAAGGAGACGACUAGAGGGAGAUGUUGAGGAGGUGGAGACAGAGAGAGGGAGAGAGAGGUAAAAAGAACGCAAACCACCACUGUGUGGAUCCCCAAACUGUGCCGGCACUGUUGCCCCGCGUGAAUCCCCUCGUCCGCAUCAGUAUAAAAGCAAAGCAAACGUCUUUUAGAUGCAACAUACAAGUUCGUCAUACAACAUCGUCAACAUCACGUGUUCUUCACGCAUCAUCCGCGCUCGUGAAUAGUAUCAAUUGAUACUGAUUAAGGAGACAGCUGAACUCCUUACAGUUUACCAAUAAAUUUGUGUUGUGGAAGAUUUGGAAAAAUUUAUCAACGAUAAUGAAGAUUAUUGUGACAAUCCUGUGGGGAAUGCUGGUAUCAGCUGCUUUUGCAUUACCAGCUAGCGAUAAAAAUACUGGUGAUAAUGACCUCAGAGCUGAAAUCUACUCGGACUGUGCGAAUAAAGAUCCGGCUACUUGUUUGAAGCAUAAACUACUUCCGGUCAUUGAUAAAAUGCUGACUGAUAAGGAGGAUAUCACGUUAACUGAGGGCAUCACUGUUGUCAAAACAUCAACUACUGAGGAGGGUGCACCCAGGUCCAUUGAUUCCACUGACGUCGACACUCUGAUCUUCGAUCGUAUCGGCAGAUUCCUUCGGACCCACUCCAUCAAAGUUGAUCUCAAGGGCACGGACAUCCUAGGAGCUGUCGAAUCAGCUGGACGAAGCUUAGAGGACCUCAGUGACAGUGUCGUCGAGGGUCGCGGCAAAAAGAAGAAGGCCCAGAAACUCAUGGGGCCUCUGAUGAUGGCAAUGGCCCUCAAAGCUGCAGCGCUACUUCCUCUUGCACUUGGUGCAAUAGCACUCAUCGCUGGAAAGGCUCUUCUAGUCGGCAAAAUAGCCCUCGUCAUCUCCGCUAUCAUUGGUCUGAAGAAACUUCUUGGUGGUCAACAGAAACACGUGACUUAUGAGGUUGUUGCUCAUCCACAUCACAGCAGUAGCAGCAGUCACACUAUCAGUCAUGAUGAGGGUCAUGGUGGUGGUUUCGGUGGUGGAGCUGGUGGUGGUGAUUUUGGGGGUUACGGAGGUGGUGCUGGAUCCAGUGGACACGGAUGGGCCAGGAGUCUUCCUCAGGAUGCCCAACAGAUGGCAUAUCGCGGACAAAUUCCGACUCAGGCUUGAGCUAGAUCUCCAUGAUAAUUAUCCACCGAAUUUAAUAAGAAAUUUCCUGUUGUCCUUCUCUCAUCUCCCUUUUAUCGCUUUCUUACUUCCCCUUUCCUGUCACUUUUUAUUUAUCAGGUGAACUUUUUCUCCACUCAUCUACCUCCUUUCACUGCUCAACGUGUCCUUCCAAUCCUUCGAAUGCCCAAAUUUUUUCCUCCCCUGUCAUUGUCAUUUUCCAAUCGAUUGGGCGUUCACCUUGUACCUCUGAAAAUACUCGUCACGUCUCUUGUAAGAUGAACAUCUCGUUAUUUAUUACGUGUUAAAUGAAAUAAUAUUUAUUAUGUGUAAUUCAUUGUCUCAUUUCGUACCCAUGUUUUAUCGAUUGUCCUUCAUCUGUUCUACAUUUUGUAAUAAAAUUAUGAACGAGCGAUUGUGUCGCGUCGUUUAAAAAAUAAUAUAA